AUGUCAUACCCAGGCUAUCCCCCAACAGGCUACCCACCUUUCCCUGGAUAUCCUCCUCCAGGUCAAGAGUCAUCAUUUCCCCCUCCCGGUCAGUAUCCUUAUCCUAGUGGCUUUCCUCCUAUGGGAGGAGGUGCCUACCCACAAGCUCCAACUGGUGGCUACCCAGGUGCUGGAGGCUACCCUGCCCCUGGAGGCUACCCAGCUCCUGGAGGUUAUCCUGGUGCCCCACAGCCAGGAGGAGCUCCAUCCUACCCUGGAGUUUUUCUGUUUCCAGGCCCCGGGUUUGGAGCCCCACCAGUUGGAGCCUAUUCUGGCUAUCCACAGCCGCCAUCACAGUCAUACGGGGGUGGCCCUGCACAGGUUCCAAUGCCAGGUAGGUACCACUUGUACAGAGGGACACAAUUCAUAUUUUCAUUUGUUCCAGCAGCAAUGACUCAGGGCACUCAAGGGACAAUCCGACCUGCUUCCAACUUUGAUGCCAUGAGAGAUGCAGAAAUUCUCCGAAAAGCGAUGAAGGGUUUUGGGACAGAUGAGCAGGCAAUCGUGGAUGUUGUGGCCAACCGCUCCAAUGAUCAGAGGCAAAAAAUUAAAGCUGCUUUUAAGACCAUGUAUGGCAAGGAUUUGAUCAAAGAUCUCAAAUCAGAGUUAAGUGGAAAUAUGGAAGAACUCAUCCUUGCCAUGUUCAUGCCAUCCACAUAUUAUGAUGCUUGGAGUUUACGGAAUGCAAUGAAGGGAGCAGGAACUCAGGAACGAGUAUUGAUUGAGAUUCUGUGUACAAGAACGAAUCAGGAAAUCCGAGAAAUUGUCAGAUGUUAUGAAUCAGAAUUUGGACGAGACCUUGAAAAAGACAUUAGAUCAGAUACAUCAGGGCAUUUUGAACGUUUACUUGUAUCCAUGUGCCAGGGAAAUCGUGAUGAGAACCUGAAUGUAAACCAUCAGAUGGCUCAGGAAGAUGCUCAGCGCCUCUAUCAAGCUGGUGAGGGGAGACUAGGAACAGAUGAAUCUUGUUUUAACAUGAUUCUUGCCACAAGAAGCUUUCCUCAGCUGAGAGCUACAAUGGAGGCUUAUUCCAGGAUGGCUAAUCGUGAUUUGCUAAGCAGUGUUAGCCGUGAGUUCUCCGGAAACGUUGAAAGUGGUUUGAAGGCUAUCUUGCAGUGUGCCCUGAACCGCUCUGCCUUCUUUGCUGAGAGGCUCUACUAUUCUAUGAAAGGUGCUGGGACAGAUGACUCUACUUUGGUCAGAAUUGUGGUCACUCGAAGUGAGAUUGACCUUGUACAAAUAAAACAGAUGUUCACUCAGAUGUAUCAGAAGACCCUGAGCACAAUGAUUGCAAGUGACACGAGUGGAGACUACCGAAAGCUGCUGCUGGCCAUUGUGGGCCAGUAG